AUGGAGCCCGUAGUGGGCCACCGCCGGCGGAAGAGCAGCCUCAUCAACCCCGUCGGAACCUACCCAGCCGCCCACGUUCACCGUGGCCGACUCUCCAUAACCAUCCCCCGCGAGGCCCGGGAAGACGGUGACGAGGGCGGGUCAGCAAAAGACGAAUCGCCUCGAGACGGCUUCAGCGACGACGAUCUCCACGAUGACGAGGAAAUGGGGCUGUCCAGCAAGGACCGCAGCCGCAGGCAAAAGAAGCGCCGGAGGAACAGGCAGCUGGACAAUCGCAUUGCCCCCGAAAAGGACAUCUCGACCGAUGAGCUGCACGAGGCCGACAAGGACGUCAUGAGGAGGCUGAUGGUCAAUGCCGCCUUCAUAUUGCUGUGGUACAUGUUUUCAUUAUCCAUCUCUCUUUACAACAAAUGGAUGUUCGACAAGAACCGCCUCAAUUUUGCCUUCCCGCUCUUCACCACCUCGACGCACAUGCUUGUGCAGUUUGCUCUCGCCGGCCUGGUUCUCUACCUCGUGCCAUCCCUGAGGCCGCACUCGGCCAUGUCCAAGAUGUUUUAUCUUACGCGUAUUGGGCCUUGUGGUGCCGCCACCGGCCUCGACAUUGGGCUCGGUAACGCGUCCCUCAAGUUCAUCAGCCUCACUUUCUACACCAUGUGCAAGUCCUCGUCUUUGGCCUUCGUCCUACUCUUCGCAUUUCUGUUCCGACUCGAAACCCCCACCUGGCGCCUCGUGGCCAUCAUCGGAACCAUGACCAUGGGCAUCAUCCUCAUGGUUUUCGGCGAGGUCGAGUUCAAGAUUGGCGGGUUCGUUCUCGUCAUCUCGGCUGCCUUCUUUUCAGGCUUUCGCUGGGGCCUCACCCAGAUCCUACUUCUCCGCAACCCCGCCACUUCCAAUCCCUUUUCCAGCAUCUUCUACCUUUCCCCCGUCAUGUUCGUCACCCUGCUCUCCCUCGCCAUCCCCGUCGAAGGCUUUGGCCCUCUGUGGGAAGGACUGAAGACGCUGAGCAAUGAGUGGGGCGUUGUGACAACACCCUUGUUUCUGCUCUUCCCGGGGUGCAUCGCCUUUUUGAUGACGGCGUGCGAGUUCGCUCUGCUGCAGCGUACUUCGGUCGUCACGCUCUCCAUUGCUGGCAUCUUCAAGGAGGUUGUGACCAUCUCAGCCGCCUCGGUCGUCUUCGAAGAUAAGCUUACUCUGAUCAACGUCGUCGGGCUUCUCACCACCAUGGUUGCCAUCAUUGCCUACAACUACAUCAAAAUCACCAAAAUGCGCCGGGAUGCGCAGGUCGACGCUCAUGGACGCCAUGCCGAACCCGUCCCGCCUUCCCCGUCGAGCAGCAGCGGUAGUGGUACCGAUUUGGACGACGACGAAGCCGAAGAGACGGCUGGGUUACUGCACCAGCAGCCGGACAUGGGACAGGCGCUUGUCACCUCGGACGGCGAUAUCCAGCCUAAUCUGCAGUCCAUGAUCUCUCCAUCUACAAAGGAGCACGGCGAGAACAAGCAGGGACGCCAGGAGUGA